CAAGAUGGCGGAGGCGAGGAGGAAAAUCAGUCAUGUUGAAGAAUAUCUUUGAUAGCUUCCCAACCCAGAAACGACAACGUUUCGUUGUGAUCUCCUGGUAGAAAUAAGAGGACUGCCAUCCUGUUGAUGAAUUAUAUUACGGAAACAGUGAUCGGAGAAGAGUUCGAGUUUACAUCAGCCCAUGACGUCACCUGUAUCUAAUUUUGUGGAUGUUUCCCUUUGACUGCCGUAACUAUGCUUGAGAAGUCAAAUGUCGCACAUUUGGCUGGACUUCCAAUGGACUGAUAUUCUUCAACGUUGCAGCCAGCUUCUGGUUUAAUCUUGAGGAAUUCGAGAACUACCCAUGUGUAAUGAAAUUUGAUUAAUCCGACCCAAAGUCCACGUAUACUCUCGUAGUCACACACAUGUAUACGGAAGACGUUUCGAUUCAGAACUGACCCCGUUAAUUAUUCUUUGUCUGAUGUUCAAUCGCUUAUAAGACGAUGAAUACCGAGGAGCUGGAACUGUUAUCAGACUCGAAGUAUCGACAGUUUAUCAACGCCGUCGAAAAAGCUCUUAAAAGCUUUGAGUAUUCGAGUGAGUGGGCGGACCUGAUUUCUGCUCUCGGAAAAUUAAACAAGGUGUUACAAAAUCACACAAAAUUUAAGGUACUACCAAGAAAGCUCACCAUUGGAAAAAGACUAGCUCAAUGUAUGCACCCGACACUGCCAAGUGGAGUGCAUCUGAAGGCACUAGAAACUUACGAACUCAUCUUCAAACGGAUUGGCCACAAAGGGCUCGCGCAAGAUUUAUUCAUUUACAGCGCUGGACUUUUUCCUUUGCUGGGAAAUGCUGCCAUGUCGACUAGGCCUGUUUUGAUGACUAUGUAUGAGAACUAUUUCCUUCCGCUUGGAAAAGCAUUGCUUCCUGGUUUACCAGGAUUGCUGUUGGGACUUUUACCAGGAAUUGAAGAAGGGUCUGAAUACACUGACAGGACUAUUUCACUGCUGGGCUCCUUCAGUGAGAACACGGACAAAAACAUUUUCUACACGACCCUUUGGGGGUGCAUUUAUUCAUCAGCUACCAUUCGCCUGCCAGCUGUCACCUUUAUACUAACAAGACUGAAUAAGAAAGGAGCUGGAAAACAAAAAUACCUCGUAGGAAAUGAUAUCCAUGUUUUAGUUCAAGCAGUCAGUGUGGCUCUUAGAGACAGCAGUGUUCUCGUCCAGCGGAGUAUGCUUGAUUUUCUUCUUGCGUUUCUUCCGGUGGAUACAAACUAUCUCCUGUCCAACGAAAAGGUGACGUUGGUAGCAGCUGCCUUAGAAGUCUUGCUACGAAGAGACAUGUCUUUGAACAGACGUCUUUACACAUGGCUACUAGGAACGAAUGCAGCAAAGAAUGAAUCGUUAUCGAGGACCGAUAGCGUUUGUAGUAGCGAUGCUGAUCACGAAGGGCCGACGGAGACCUUCUUCAGCUUGCAUUCGAGGCCGCUUGUAAUCGAGGCCGUAAGGAGACUGUUUCAGAAUCACGACUCUGUCGACAAAGGGGAUGCCAAUGGAUCUAAGAAAGCGCAGAGGUUAGAAGUGCUGAAACCAUUUCGAUUGCUAAUCAGUCUUUUGGACAAACCUGAAAUCGGCGGCUCGAUCCUUGAAGACGUUUUACUCGAUGUUUUCAGGGCAUUGUACAAUCAGUGUAAAGUGCUAAGAGAAAAUGAUGCCACUUUUGAAGAGAGUGACCGAAGGGACUCGAUCGAGAGCCUGGUUCUUGAUAGUGGCGCGGCUAUUGCAGAGUCUGCGAAGACCAAGCUGAUAGAUGAACUGAUUAAAACAGCCAACUUGCUCUUCAAUGCCUUCGAACCAUACUUUAUGUGGGAAUACAUAGCCAAGUUGCUUUCGGAAUGCGAUAGACCACCAGUAGCGAGCGAGGAGGUCAAUGGAGUUGAAAACUGGGAAGAUCACAAGGAGAGUAAAUUUGUUGUUACUCCAUCUACGACAAACUGCUCGGAAGUGUUUCGUUUAACAGAUUUCAUUCUGGACGUUGUUACUUUGGAAGCCGAUGUGGAGAUCCAAACAGAACACUGGCCUGAACUUCUGCGCAAGAUUACAAUCGAAAUGACAAAACGCUGCGAGACAAUGACUCUGGAGGAUGUUAAAGAAGGGAUCUGCCUGUGUUCCAGACUUCUCUCCAAGGUGAUGCCCUCUAUGAAGACCAGAGACAAAGGGAGGAACGACUCAAGAUGGGACGCCGAGAAUAAAGAUAGAAAAAAAGAGUUGGAAGGUUCUGCAGAGCAUGAGCUGAAGGAGUGGAGUAUAAUCGACUUAAAAAGUGCUAAGGAGGACAACAAAAAGGUCGAUCGUGCUCCAGAAAACUCACUGGAAAGUUCUCAGGAGGUAUUCGUUGAAGAAAUGGCUGAAAGUGAAGAUACCGAUGAGGAAGAAGACACAAAAAUAGACUCGGUUGUGGAGUCGAAUGAAAAAGAAUUGAAUUUAAUGGAAUUGAAUUUAUUGGCAGAGCAACGUGAUGCUGGAAUUGAUUCAGCGGAUAAUAACGAAGAUACUCAGGACGAGCUAGAUGAAUGGAGCGACUUCCAAGAGGUGGAAUCUUCAAGUGAUUUGAAUGCUGUGAAUCCCGCAGAUGGACGAGAUAAGACUCUUGUCAAGUCUGGAGAGAACGUGCUACCAAAGAACUCUGAGCAUCUCUUUCAACCGUCUCUCAUUCAAGCUUGUGUGAAAUAUUUCCAGAAUUUCUUCGCCAAGUUUGUUGUGGAAAGAGUGAUAAAACACGUCAACUCGCUUCGUGUUAGCAACGAAAGCGCUUCAGGAAUGAUGAGCAAAGAAUGUUACACGACUUUGCGGGCGAGUGGAAUCGUUAGCGAUGCCAUGUGGAAACAAAUCGAAAAAGCGUGUGAUGUAACAAGGGAUGAACUUGUCGAGGACGCCUGUAAGACGCAAACGAAUCUGAAGGCGAGAAGAAAUGUUACUGGACCGACCGCGCUCGUUGCUUCGUUCAGGUCGGUGCAAUCGUCCAAGAAUUGUGCCGAGGCAUUUGCGGCAGCCUGUAAACUGUUGCUGAAAUUGUCGUGCUUUCCAGUCUGGGGUGGCAAGGAUUCGGAAUCACAGAGAACAACAACUGAUAUAAAAGAAGUCUCCAAGGUGUCGUAUCUCCCAGAAUGGCUGCAGUCUCUAAUCAUGUGCUGUUUCGAGGUCAGCGAGUUUAAUAUCCAAAGUUCAGCGGUUGGCACGCUUCUCGACUUGAUCAACCUGACGCUAUCUGUCAAUGCUGGCCACGGCCAUGGACCCAGGCCUUCCGCGCCCGUGGUGGUUAUCCCAAUGAUUUCCAAGCAGUCUUUGGGGGUGAUUGAGAAGUCGGAUUUGUACGAGGUGAUAGCCGAAAGUUUGUGGGAUCAUCUCAAGGUAGACACCACCCAGUUCCAUCAGAGAAUAGUUGAACUGUUUUUACAGCUUCACAAUUUGACUCCGUCUCCAUCUCUUUGCGCAAAUGUCAUUGGAAAUUCACUGGUAGAUAUCAGCAAGGGAGUGUCUCUACAGGGUCACUGGAAAUUCGCUGUAUUCUGGCAUGUUGCCAGGAAUGUCGUAAUUCAGGAUUCUGGCAGGACAUCAAGACUUGGGGAAUUCCGAACACUUGACAGAGCACUGUUUAUUAUGCUUGAUAGCCUGCAAAAUGAAGAACCAGAAAUAAGUGUAUUAACUCAACACUGGCUCGCCCAUGCUCUGCAGCACGGGGACCUCGGGCGAAUUAUCGAUCCACUUCUUCUAUUGCUACUUCAUCCAGUUACAGCACGGGUUUCAAUCCACUAUUUGUACUCCCUGUUCGACUCCAAAAUGGCUAGGAAAAUGUCUAAUGCACGAGGAUCCGAGAGGAAAACCUUUAACGACGUCAAAGUUUAUCCGAAGACAGAAAUCGGGGCCGCGACUUUGGGUAAACAAAAGAACGAAAAGGUCAACCGAAAACCAGGAUUUACUUCGGAGAGCACUCGGGAAUCAGGCGAUAGUAAAACCACAAGUCCGAGUGGGCCGAGUGAAGUCGAACAUUCGACGGAUACGGACGGUGAUGGAGCUGAGGCUGACGAUGAGAAUGAAGACAACGAACCGAAAAAAGGAAAGGAAAAAGACGACUUACCUAACCAAGCCCCACAGUCCCCUCCCCCGCGCAAAUCACUUGUCCAUCCGCUGGACCAACACAAACUUCUGUACAUCUUACAUUACGACUCUCAGCUGACCUUGUACGCCUUCAGCACGCUGCAAACAAUCCUGAUGCGCGCUCCUCACCAGUUCGUGUGCGCGUCAUCCACCACAAGUAUCAGUUCAUCGAACACGCCACACCAGGAGAAGAUCAAGGAGCUGUUGAUCAGACACCGACGGUCCCUACUGGGGAAGGGAUUUUAUGGCGCUUUGUACGACAGUCCUGUUUCGCCGACAGGACCUGCUCACAGCGCACGCCUCUUCGGGGGCCCUUUGAUCUACCUCAAGCCCAGCACCAGCAAGUACCUUGAAGUUCUCAUCUCUGUAAGUCUGUACUUCAUUAGAAGCGAGUAUUCUAGUCAUCUACAAGUGCAACCUGAAGACAUAGACGGCAAUGUUCAGGUUCAGAUGGCGAGCACGGAGCUUCUGUUAGGUGUUAUGUGGCAACUGGUCGAGGUCGUGAAGGAGAGCGGUGCUGGAUUUGGGACAUACAUCAGUGACAUGUUCUCUCGUUGUAAAGUUCAAAAGGCAUUGCUUCAUUGUCUUCUUUCGACUUUGUACGAGCGAACCGGAGUGAGAACGUCUAGCAAGUCUUCUUCACCAACUGUUAACUCCAGUCACGUGCACGUCAGCUCAGAAAUAAGCCAAUCGCAGGCGCAAGCGUUUCAGGUCAAACUAGUCAAGCUUGUUCAGUCGGUGUUCAUCCUAGAAUCCUACAUUCACUCCGCUGUAACUAUCUCCCAAGAAACUGCCGGCAGCCACGGCACGCCGCCUCCGAGCAAACCCGAGAGUCCCGCGAAGGUUUCCGGUGACACGAAAGUUACUCAGUCGGCUCAUCGCUACCUUCCUGGGAAGCCAUUAGCGGAGCAGGGUAUGUUGUUGUCAGCGGUUCUUCACGGGCUCAGGCAUGAUGAGCCCGAUAUGCAUUAUGAGUGGUUGCAGUUCGUGAUCACGUGCUUGUCACACAUGGCAAUGCAGCUGCGCACGUGGGUAGUCCCUGUGGCUGAGCACUUGUGUCGGAUUCUAGAACGACUGACGACUCUGUACAUCAAGGAUAAGGACAAAAGGUCUGCCAGGAGAGGCAGUAAUGAUGAGUUUGGCACAAGACGACCUGAAACUGAUGCUUCCAAUGUCCCCCCGGACUACAUGGUAACCCUGUUGGAAAGCUUGGCAUCAAUAUGUCACUACUGCUUGCGUGACAACACGACACCUCAGUCACCAGCCCUCUCUCUGAAGCCUCGGAUCGCUCGGUCCAACUCUUCGCCCGCUGUGGGUGUGAAUAGCGACUUAAUCCAAUCCAGUGGUAGCUCUGUCUUCACCAAUCUCCUGCACGCGUUUUCAGUGCAGUCCGCGCCAAUCAGUGAUGUACCCAGCGUGGAAGUGCCAAAGCACAUUUUGGACGCCCGGGAAGGCUUGCUGAGCGUUCUGCCCAAAAUUUUGUCCUCGUUGUUCACGGUUUGGAGCACGUGGAGUCCUCAAAGGACUGAUUCAACCGGCCAGCGGCUUCCAUCUGAAUGUCCGCUCAAUUUGAUGGGCAGUCCAAAGGCUGUACAACAACAGAUCCUUCAGCUGCUGACCCCAAUCACCAUGAAUCACACCAUUGUAUUCCUGGCCUCGCUGGCUGACGUUUGGUAUCAACGGCGGAGGCGAGAGGGAUCUGGGAUCAAGGCAACGAGAGCAAUCCCAUUAGCUUCUGAAGAACAGAUUAUCGUUGUAGAUAUCGUGUACGCUAUCAAGGCGUUGUCAGUAGAAGACAUGAUAGACAAUGUAAAACAGAUCCUGCGCCAAGUUGUCAUGAGCAAAGACAAGACCACACCCACUCAGUCAGGCCUGGAAGUCAACAUACUGCAGUUUCUGUACGAGUAUUUGCUCAAAGCAUCGGAAAGCCAGUUGAUUGUUGUGCGAUCCUCUCUUUUAUCUCUCAUGAAGGAAGGGCUUCAGCUCAACUUUCCUCCAGCACUGUUCUUGUUAUUGGUUAUCUUGCGGUCAUACGUGCAGAACAUACCGUUACAAGAGGACAAGAAAGUGCGAAAGGAGUUACAGGACAUUACACAGCGCCUAGUGGAGGCGUGUAACACGGUGGCGGGUUCAUCACUGGAAAACGCGGCGUGGUUCAGACGAACCCUGGCUGUCAUCCCACAACAGGAUGUCGCAUCCGACCAAUCAAGCAACGUCGAAUCCGAAAUCUCGGAGGCCGAGCCUCCAGUGCCACCUCCCCCUGUACCCAGCGGUAAUACCAGCAAUACAAGCAGUUAUAGUACCCAGGCUCUCUUCGUGUUGGCAGAAGUGCUCGCCCCAGUCUUAGAUAUGGUGUUUGGAAGCGAUGAGAAGGAACGAAUGACGAGUUUUCUGACAACUGUUAUGUACAAUGUGACGCCGUUUCUCAAGAAUCACAGCCCACACAACGUGCCGAGCUUCCGCGCCUGCUGCAACCUGCUGGCUUCUUUAAGUGGGUACCAGUACACCCGCCGUGCUUGGAAGAAAGAGGUCAUGGAACUGUUACUGGACCCGAAUUUCUUUCAAAUGGACAUCUCAUGCAUUGGAAGUUGGCGGACAAUUAUCGAUAACUUGAUGACGCAAGACAACACGUCAUUCAAAGAACUGAUGACGCGUGUGGCUGGCUUGAGUCAGAGUGCUUCUAUUAACAUCUUUGCUAACAGAGAACAGGAAAUGGAACAACGCGCUCAACUUCUUAAGAAACUGUCAUUCACAAUUUUCUGUAGCGAGGUUGACCAGUACCAGUACGUUCUGCCAGAAAUACAGGAGCGCCUCGCCGAGAGCCUGAGGCUGCCCCAGUCUCCAGUCGUCCACGAACAAAUCUUCCUGUUCUUUCGGGUGUUGAUAUUGCGCAUGUCUGCGCAGCACCUGACGCCAUUGUGGCCGACGAUCGUGUCGGAAGUGGUGCAUGUGUUGCUUCAAAUGGAGAGCGAUCUAAGCACUGAUGGCAAAUCACAGAAGCAGAGGAUGGCCAUAUCCGAGUUACUGCUCGGUUCUAACGGCUAUGUGAACUACAGUCAAGAGAAAUGGCUAGGUCUCUACCUAGCGGUCUGUAAACUUCUUGAUCUCUCUCAGGCCUUGCCGAGCGAUUAUCUGUCGCAGUUCCAGCUGUAUCGUUGGGCGUUUGAGGGCGAAGCGUACAACAUGACGGCUGGGGAGGAAAAAGUUCCCGUUUUUAAGCCUCACAUUGCUCGCUUAGAAAAAUUACUUAAGAGGAAAAGGAGAGAUCAAGGUGAUAUUGAGGAACUACAGCGCGUAUCUGGACAACCUUUACUAACUAUGUACCACAUUAAGUCCUUGGAUCAACUUCUUCCCUUUUUUCAGUGUUUGUCGAGAAACAGGUUUGAGAACUGCGGCGAAUCUCGGGACAAAAACAACAAGUCUAAGAACCCGCAAGGCAAAAGCUUGUUGGAACGAAUCGUGGAAAGAGAUUUUCUUGAACCUCUUGUUGUUGACUAAACUAACAAAUGCCAGUGAAGACGCCCUGUAAAUUCAAAAACAUAGCUAGAUCACAUAUAUGUAUAUAUCUUACAAUACUUUCUUAAAGGAAGACAUUUUGCUGGUAGCUUGUGUUUAUGAUAUAGAUGGAAGUUUUUGUUACAUUUUAUUACCAAAAUUGAGACUUCUAUUUGGUGUUAUGUAAAGAUCAGACCACUGAAAUGUGUUAUCUUUUAAAUCGCUUGGUUUGAUACGUCCCGCCACCAGGUGAGCUGUGUCAUAACAUUUGUAAUACUGUAAAAACGUGAGGUUAUCUUAAUUUGCAAAAGUGAUGCUAUUUAAUCAUCACUGCUGGGAAGUCGCCGUUUGAUACUGUGUGAUCAACAGGGGCACAGGCCUUAACAUAGAAUUAUUCAUAAAUGUAGUAUUUGAAACUUCGUGUUCCAGAAACAUAAUAGCGAAUAUAGUCUUAAAGAUUGAAAGCAGAAAAUUGUAAAAAAUUGCUUUAAAAAUAGUCGUUCUUUUUUCAUACAUGUAGGUGAAUAUAUUUUUUUUCCCGAACAACCGUUCAAAUUUAUUUAAGUAUGAAAGUAAAGAUUUAAAUAUAAAAGCGAGUAUUUAAUUUAAGGUAAUGCAGCCAUAGGCCAUCAUAGCCUAUCACUCGUUCAGGGAUAUAAGCUAUUUGCUUCAAUCAGUGAUUUCUUUUUCUUUUUCAAUAUAUAUCAAACGGCAGGUAACCAAAUAACUUAGUUCACUAGAAUACCUAGGCUUACGUAGGAAAUCUUGAAAUGUAGAAAGCAACGUCUCUGAAUCGAAAUCUUGUAAACGGGUAACUUUAUUUAAAAACACAGAAUGAUAAAAUUAUUUUAAUAGUACCUUUUUUUGUAUGCGAUAUGAAACUGUAGAGAACGCGAAAAAUAGGUAAUAAAGAGUUUGUUAGACUGGG